CGGGGCUUCAGAGAGGGCCGGACCUCGACCGAGAAGCGGGUGUCCACCGCCGCCGCCAGCAGCAGCAGGAUCCCGCGGGCCGCGGCGCUGUCGUGAGUCCGUCUGUGGUGUGACAGGAGUGGGCUCUGUUCUCCGCGGUGUGAUGGAAAUGGACAGGAUGGAUGAAAAUGACUGGAAAUACCACGAAGAAGGAAACAAGAGCCUGGUGGUCUGCCAUGUUCAGCACUGCAGGGUUCUGCGGCUCCUCAAGUACCCGGCUGAAGACUCGGAGAACCCGCCACAGACGGCGGAGCAGGCCUACAGGCAGAUCCAGAACAUCGUGGACUUCACCUCCAACGUCAUGAGCCGGCUGCUGGGGGACAAGUUCGUCCACAGUGGGGAAGUGGUCCGACUGCCGCUGGAGUUCGUUCGCCAGUUAUCCAUCAAGAUUCAGCACCAGAGACCAGCCUGGCGCUGCGAUAAAGUCAUGGACAUCUACAGCGGCUGCGCUCUCUGCCUGCCCAACCUAACCACGCCGACCCAGUACCAGCCGACAGCCACGCCGCCCAUCUGCAUCGAGAUCAAGCCUAAAUGGGGCUUCCUGCCGUCCUCCAAACACGUCAGCAGGGACAUCAAGACCAGAGUGUGUCGCUACUGCAUGCACCAGCACUACAAGGUGGCCAACGGGAAGUGGAAGAGACGCAGCCUGUACUGUCCUCUGGACCUGUUCUCAGGAAACAGGCAGAGGAUGCACUUCGCCAUCAGACACCUGAUAGAAGAACCUCAGAACAACUUCAAGGUGUUCAAGGGCGGUCAGUGCAUCUACAGCAGCAAGGAGGGCAGCGAGGGGUCGCCGGACAUGAACGCUCUGCUGCAUCACCUCAGGCCUUACUUCCUGCGUGGAAACAACCGCGUCAACGGUCACAUGACCGCCAAAGCCGUCCUGAACGACUUCAUCCAGGUCCUGGUGAACGCCCUGCUGAGCCCCGCAGGAGGAGACGGCGGCCCGCUGACCCACAGAGCCCCGGAGGGGCGGAGCUUCUGCGAGGCCAGUCUGUUCAGCAACGAGCGGGUUCGCCACGGAUCUCAGGGUUUGCCCUCCAGCAGCGUUCUGUCCAGGAUCCUUCAGACUCAGAUGUUGGACGCGUUGGACAUCGAGGGACUUUAUCCUCUGUACUGCCGGGUGGAGCAGCACCUGCAGGACUUCCCCAAGGACAGGACUCGGCUCCAGAUAGACGGACCGUACGACCAGAACUUCCUGGAGAACGUGCAGAAAAGCUCGAUGGAGGACGACGGCUCUGUGGAGUACGCUGCUGCCAAGGUCCAUCAGUACCGGAUCGCCAUGACGGCCAAGGACUGCUCCAUCAUGGCUGCUCUGGUUCCCAGCGUCGAGGAAGAGGACGACGAUGAAGGCCUCUCCUCUCAGAAGCAUCUCAGGGACUUCAGACCUCAGGCCUUCUCCUCCUCCGUCUCCAUCCUGGAUCUGGACCCCAAGCCGCUGGACAGCAUCCCCCGCCAGCUGCGCCUGGACCAGAAGAUCGUCGCGUGCUACCUGAGGACGGGCGGUGCCUUGCCCAUGGGCUCCCUGCCGCUGCUGCCCAACUUCAUCGCGGCGGCAGAGAGGGAGGACCGCACGCUGCUCUUCCAGCCCGCGUGACCCGGUGGUUCUGUUCGGUCCCCACUGACCCUGCAGAUGCUCUGGCUCCAGAGAGGUCCGUACGGGAGUAGAACCAGCAACCGUUCUGCUCCAGUCAACCACAUUCUCACGGCUUCAUUUGGACCCAAACGUCGGACCUCUCUGUGGACGGGAGCCGGCGUCAGAGGUCCUCAGCCGGGUCCGUUACACUAACAGCUGCAGCGUUCAACCAGAACCAGGAGAACCUCCCGGGUCGCACGGUUCUGGUCUCCUCCUCCUCCUGGCUGGGACCGUCUGGGAACUCGAACAGAACCGCAGACGUUUGUUUGUAGUCAGGCAGGAGGAGGACGGCCUUUCUAACCCAUUACUAAAAGCUGCAGAACCGAGCAGAACUGUGAGCGGCGCCGCUCGGCCCGUUUCUGUGCCAAACAUG